AUGAGUUCGUACAGGACGAUACGAAGUGCGUCGUCACCUACCCACCACAGCGGUCACCCUCAACAUUACAAGGCGAGUGAGGUGCUGCGAUUCGCGAGAAGGACUCCGUACCACCACCAACCAGUCGUGUCUUCCGGCUACUCCCAGGCCGUCGCUAGAAGAAAUGAGCGGGAACGCAACCGCGUACGUCUCGUCAAUAUGGGCUUUGCUGCUCUGAGGCAACACGUUCCCAACUUCACGCAGAACAAGAAGAUGAGCAAAGUUGACACGCUACGAUCGGCGGUGGACUACAUCAAGGCCCUCCAGGAGCUGCUGGACCGAGGCGCCGGUCAACAGAGGCAUGGCGGCUCCGAGAGGGACGUCGAAGAUGACGAUGACGACACUUCGUACAAGGCUGACCAGGAGCGGCGGCACGGGAUCACGUCCUUCGAAGACGCCGAGGGCUUCUACGACUUCUCACGCAUCGGCGAGGACAAUGCUCCGUCGUCACCUACUGGGCUGCAAACUUCAGAGAUGUCCGAGUCGUCGGCAAGCGCCUUGGACUGCUACGGUACGGAUGAUGCGGAACUGAUGGACUUCUGCCAGCCGUGGCUUGUGUGAGAACUGAGACUGUGUGGUG